AUGGGCAAUCAGGACACAGAACGAUUAACUCCAGAAGCCGGCGUUGAGUUUCAGGGAGGCAGGGCUUUGUGCAAAGCAGCUGUUUGGUCGUACAAGAACAACGCUGAAGUUUCGACCAUACUCUGGCGACUCCGUCUUAUUAGAUCGAUUGCCACUCUGGAAUACCUUCAAGAAGCGACCUUCCUUUGUCAACGAAGCAAAAAAGCUGAAACACGUUGGGUCUUUGUUCGAGUUCCUGCUUCACGAGCACAGGGCUUCUUUGAAAAGAAACCGCUCAGUGCUUUGCUGGCCAAUCAGAGCGUUGUGCCUUCCGCGCCUGUUGACUCGCGCCUCACAAGCAUGCAUUGGCCUUGCUCUCCUCUUCGAAAUUUGGAGAGUCACGACGGUCAACUCGACAUUUUUUGCAUGGGCUGA